UCGUAUUCAGUCAUGUCACUUAACGAUUAUGUUUCGCAUCGGCGAAAUCCGGCAUUUUUCUACAUUUUCAUGAUGGUAUUCCUAUUUGUCAUAAUAACUACACUCAAUCGUCCUCAACCAACAGUUUUCGAUCUUUCGCCAGCGUCUCGGCUUCCCAAAACCGAGAAAAAAGAAGUGAACACCGAAUGGGAUACAUUGGAUGGAAUCGGAUAUAAAUUUGCAAAGGAAAAGAAAAUAGUUAUGGAUCCCAGAUUCGAAAAAUUGGAACAACUACCAACUUGUGAUUUAUCAGUUGACAAGGAGAACUCAAGAAUUGACAUUCCAAAAUUAAUGGAGUCAUUUCAAAAAUGUAUCACGCCUAUUGUAAAUCAAUGGAGAGAUGAUUUGAAGGCGAUGAACACCAAAUGGCAGAAAACUGAAGUAUGUGACAAAGUAUUCAUAGACGUUGAUGUAGUUCCAAUGGCCAACUUACAUGAAGUAAAAUGGACCAUUUUGCCAACUUGUAAAGAGGAAAACAUAAUGGUAACGCUUGGAAUUGGUCAUGACACUAUGGCGGAGGAAAAAUUGAAUAGGACACUACCCAACACAAAAUUCUUUGGCGCUGAUCCGAUUAUUGAACCGAAUCGUCAACUUUACACAGCCUUUGGGAAAUAUUUUCCUUUCGCUAUUGGGAAGAAGCCUGGGUUCACGAAAUUCCGAGUACUUCCGAACCAAAAUCAGAAAACUAGAAAGUACGAGUAUCAAGAUGUCACUACAAUCCCACUCACCUAUUUUUUGUCCGAUAUUUUGGGCUUGAAGCAAAUUGACAUUGCAUGGAUCGACAUUGAAGGUGGCGAGUUUGAAUUUCUGGACCAACUGCACCGAGGUGGCCCACUAGAUCAAAAAGGAAUCGCAAUUUGCCAAUUCAACCUCGAAGUUCAUUCCAAAUUUCAUCCUCCUGGCGCUCAGAUCUACCACGAUUUCGUGUUCAAAAUCCUGGAAGACAGACGAUACGUCUUCCUGAAACCAGCGCACACCGAUUCUGGAGUCCAUCGCAUGUUCUUUAUCAAUUUGGAAGAUGAGAAAUGUAUUAGGAAAUUUUUACAAUAAAAUAGUAAUUU